CAACAAACCACCUGGCUCAGACAGCGGCGCCGUGUUGCUGUCAGUGACUGACAGCAGCUAUCAGGAAGUACCGACACAUCAACUCACGGGGACGUCUACGCGCACAUAUUUAACUCCGGUUCGUUGGGUGCUCUUCGGGUUUCGUCAGUAAACUGGUUCGCCGGCCAUUGGAUGCUUUCCCUCUAUGUAUCCGCCCUCCUCCUCCGCCGCACUGUCGUUAGCUUAGCCUGCUAGGUCUUCGUGACUUUAUAACACGCGUGUGAAUGGGAGCGCUCUUCUUCAUUGCGUCCCGCUAAAGAGGCACUUCUGCUCUCAGUGGCGGACCCGGCGGAGGAAUAAGGCUUCGCACACUUCCACAUCUUCACUAGCUGCCAUGGAGCCUCACGCCGCGGCGCUGGGCUGCGUGAACAUGGGCAGUCUGACCAGCACCUUGCCGGUGAUACCCUACCAGAAGCUGACGGACCUGUACUACGUGAGCAGGGGGGGCUUCGGCACCGUGUUCAAGGCGCAGCACUCGGACUGGAGGACCACCGUGGCCAUCAAGUGCCUGAAGCUCGACUCUCCUGUGGGAGAAAGAGAGAGGAACUGCCUGCUGAAGGAGGCCGAGGUGCUCCACAAAGCCAGAUUCAACUACAUCAUCCAGAUCUUUGGCAUCUGCAACGAGCCCGAGUUCUUCUGCAUAGUCACAGAGUUCAUGAGCAAUGGCUCUCUGGACCUGCUGCUCCAUGAGAAAGACACAUACCCUGAUCUGGCAUGGCCUUUACGACUGAGGAUCCUGUAUGAAAUCGCACUGGGGGUUAACUUCCUUCACAACAUGAGCCCACCCCUCCUACAUCAUGACUUAAAGACACAAAACAUACUGCUGGAUGAUGAAUUUCAUGUCAAGAUUGCAGACUUUGGCCUUUCAAAAUGGCGCCAGCUCUCUGUCAGUAAAGGCUCAGGUUCCAAGCCCACAGAGAUGGGUGGCACAGUGAUCUACAUGCCCCCGGAGAAGUACGAACCAUCCAAGAGCCGCCGCGCCGAUGUGAAACAUGACAUGUACAGUUAUGCCAUCAUCAUGUGGGAGGUGUUGUCCAGGCAGAUACCAUUCGAAGAAGUGACAAACCCAAUGCAGAUCAUGUUCAGUGUGCUGCGUGGUAUGCGUCCAGAUACGAGCUUGGACAGCCUGCCCGCUGACAUCCCCAGCAGAGGGACCCUCAUCAAUUUAAUGACCUGCGGCUGGACCAACAGUCCCGACGAACGACCGUCCUUCCUCAAGUGUUUGAUUGACCUGGAGCCCAUGGUGAGAAACUUUGACGAGAUCGACUUUUUAGAAGCCGUGCUGCAGAUCCAGAGGUCAAAGUUAAGGCAGAGAAUAGGCUGCUGUUCGGCUCAGCCCGUGUGUGAGAAGAGGAGCGACGAGGGAUCCCUGUCCACGCUGAAGGUCAGGCCCAACCCCUGGCCAGAGAGCUCCACCUCUGGCUCAGGCUCCUGUUCAUCUCAGGACACAGACAUAUCUCUACCAGGAGCUCUCAUCAGUAGCAGUACAGCAGAGUCUAAAGAUAACCGUCCAUCGUCAAACCUCGAUCACCCGCUGGAGCCUCCAGAGUCUCUGGUGGACCCCUGCCAAGAAAACAACCUCAACGCCUACCAGACCGCCAAGCCCCUGAAUGAUUGGAAUAUUCCCAUCAAACCCGGCCUGCCAAUUACCGAGUGCGAAACUCGACUGGACGACCAAUCCCUCAAGCAGCAACCGCAACCGCAGCCGCAGCCGCAUCCGCAGCAACAAGCAGCAGAGCACUUUCCUACACUGCAGCACUCUCCGACCUCACUAGGCCCCAUCACUCAGUGGAUUGCGACUCAGCGCGAGGAUAUCGUCUCCCAGAUGACAGAGGCCUGUUUGAACCAGAUCUUGGACGCCCUGUUGGCCCGCUCCAUGCUGAUGCAAGAAGAUUACGAACUCGUGAAAAACCAGCCCACGCGCACCGCCAAGGUCCGCCAGCUCCUGGACAACUGUCACCGGCACAACGAAGACUUCUGUCGCAUCAUCGUCCGCAAGCUGUACGACAACAAGCAGAUGGGCCUGAAGCCGUAUCCGCCUGAAAUCAGCUCCCCGACCACCGCCCUGUUUCCCAGUGCGCCGCCUCUGUCCAUGUCCCAGCCAAGCAGUAGAGACCACUACAGUUGACUCCCAGUGGUUCUGCUGUCAUCAGUUAGGUGAACAAGGUUCUGUAUUUCCCUCCGAAGACUGAGGAACGGCUGGUUGAGGAAAAGGAGCCACAGUAACAGGCGGUUUUGAAAUGUAAUUUCCACUUCAACCAGAGAUGGACUAGAUUCUGUUUUAUCAGAAUCAAGAAGUUUUGACUGAAUCAGUGAUUUUUAUUUUACAAUGUUAUGGAUUUACUGAGGUGAUUUAUUUAUAGUCUUUUCAUACUGACUGGAUAUAUGACAGGGUUUCACUCCUUUUUGGAUGUCUCUCCUCUUUGUCUUCAAAACUCAAUUACCAUUGAUUAUGUAGCCUAGAACCUUUAUGUGUGUGUAUAUGUGUUGAACACAAAAAUUCUUGGUAAUCUCAGUUGAUCUGAGUAAAUGACGGGAGGACUGUUAAUAUGCUGGAAAACCUGCAGCAAAAACAAAGUUUAUUCCUGCUGUAGCAAUCUUAUGUUAAACUAUCAUGUAGUUGUGACCUAAGUUUCCUGAUAAUUCCACUGAUUUACCAAUCAGAGAGUCUGUCUUUGUUUGAAACACAUAAGAAAAUGCAUAGUCAGAAGAGCUUCACAGCUGUUGAUAGCGUGGUGUUCUUGAACGUCAACAGCUUAUGGUAAUUCAGCUGAAACAUAGGAAUGAGUUGUUUUGCUGGAAUGUGGUCAUGUGACUGUCCUCCUCCAUUUACUGUUAAGAUAAAGAGUGGCUGGGACGUGUGAGGAAGCUGAGAUCGUAACAUAAAACCCACAAUGGGGGAUAUGCGUGUGUGUGUGUGUCUGCAUGUGUGUACCUUGAGUAAAAAUGGAACAAAGUAAUCGACCUUCUGAUUUGUUUAAUCUUCUAAAGAGUGGCCUCAGCUCUCAGUAUUUAUAAUAAUAUUCACUUUAGACACUUGAGACUCGUGGUUUCAGGAGUCACAGUUCUUCCAUUCGCUCUGAGCUAAGGUUGAAAGUUUUUUUUAUCCUACUGAGCCGAUACAAGUGCAAAACACAAGCAGGAAAACAAACCUGCUGUGCUUGUAGGUUCAGUCACUUUGUUACUCUUCACUUUUCUACUGUAUCUGUGCUGCCUAAUCUGCUGAAAAUGAAAGUAGUAAAUGUUCAGUAAAGUAAACUUCACUGACAAUGAAGUGAAGAAACUAUUAAUUUAUUUUUAAUUCUCUGUCUAUUGACUAAUUGUUUCAGCUCUGGUGUGAAUGUAGUUUUUCCAUGAAUAGCCUUUGUGUCCUCAUCAGUGCUUUCACUGUUAAAUAGGUGCUUAGAUAACAGUAUUGUAGCUGAGGUAUUAUCUCUGUAAUAUCCAAAAUUCAUCACAGAAUAACCUUUUGUUUUGUUCCAAUUUCUAUGAAAAGACGCACUUUUUUUUUUUAAAGCAUUAGUUGAUGUACACCUCCAAGGUAAAUAGCAGUUCAAAAACAUGGUAAGAAAUAAGCCACAACAGGUUGUUCUUAGACUCUGUUACAAGAAAUAUUCCACUCUGACUACUGUCAUUUAAAUGUCAACAGGAAGGCCACCAAGGUCAAUGUACUUCCACAAUAUGGGACUCGUAUCGCCUCAUGUUUGAUAACUGUGCCUAAUAUUCUGCUUCUGGUCGCAUCUAUAGUAACAUAUAAAGGACUUUUACAAACAUCAAAUGAAGAGUACAAAUGCUAAAAAUUUGAUAGCCUAGAUAUGUUGUAACAUAUUUUGUACUGUAGAUGAUAGUUUUAUGUUUUUAUAAAUAUUUUCAUCUGUGAUCUCUUGUUAAAAACAUUUUUUUAUUUGAUAUCUGUAGAAUUGUGCAAAACAGCAGCCUAUCAUUUAGGAGAUAGUUUAUCAAACUGUGAUAUUAUGUGUUAAAUUAAAUUUUAGUUGGCGUGAAGGAACUCGGAUUUUUCAUAUACCGCAUCGAACUCAUCAAUAAAAUUGGUAUUCUGUUUUUA